CUCUUUUCUUUGAUUUCUUGGUUCCUUCUCAUUCAAUUCUUUACAUCAAAGACUCCAAAUUUUCUCUCACUUUCUCGGAAUUCUCCAUUUUCCCAAUCAUUCAUAAACCAAAACCCAGAUUUUAUUUUCCAAUUUAUUGAAAGAUUUCUUUUUUUUCUUUUCAAUGGAGGUUGCUAAGAUUUCAAAACAGAGGACUCCUGUGAAAGACCCAGAAAGUAGUUCUCGAUCAAAAACCCAAAAGGUUUCUAAACUUUCCGAGAAUUCAGAUCCCAACAUCUCUAAUUCAAGUUCUCCAUUAACGAAAUCUUCAAAAUCCCAGAAAUGUUCUUCUAAGAACCCAGUUGUAUUAUAUUCACCAAGAAACAAGCUCCGGGAAAGAAAGUUCGUGGUAGCCAAGAAGAAGAAAGAAAGAUUCGAUUCGAAUCCAACGGCUGUGAUAGAUUGCAAAUGUAAAGACAACAACUUUGGUGGGAAUUCAAAGAAGUGUUUGUGUGUUGCUUAUGAGAAUCUAAGAGCAUCCCAAGAAGAGUUCAUUAAGAAAAAAACUGAAACUGAAGCAGAGACACAAGAAGAGGUUGAUCUGAUUGAGAAUCUUAGAGAAGGGUAUGGAUCAGAUGAUAAUCAAGAGAUUGAUGAUGAAAUCGAGAACUCAAGCCAAACAGGUAGUUCUACAAUCAAGAGAAGGAGGGAUAAGUUGAUGGAAGAAGCAAGGAAUAGUGUACCUUAUUCUGGGAAAGUUAUGCAUUUGGUUAAGGCCUUUGAAAAGCUUCUUUCAAUACCUAAAAAAGAAGAACCAGAGAAGAAAGAAGAUGAGGAAGAGGAGCCAAAAGAAGAUCAAAAGAAGAAGCCAAUGAAGUGGGGAUUACCUGGAUUAGAGCCACCAACGGUGACUACUGAGACUAGGGAUUCGUUCCUUCCAUCGGAGUUUGUUUUGACUGCUGAGAAUCUUGGUUUGGAUCGGCGUUUCUCGGUUUCUUCUUCGUGGGAUAGCCAAAGAAGUGUUUCAAGCAGGGAUUCUAAUGGGGGUCGAAGAAACCGAAGAAAUAGCUCUGAAUCUACUGGGAGAAUUGGUGGGAGGAGAUGGAAAAAGCAGCUCAAACCUACUUCUCAGAAACCAUUCAAGCUAAGAACUGAGCAAAGAGGAAAAAUGAAGGAAGAAGAAUUCAUGAAAAAGAUCCAAGAAAUGAUGGUGGAAGAAGAGAAGCAACGGAUCCCCAUUGCUCAAGGCCUCCCAUGGACAACUGAUGAACCAGAGGUCCCCAUCAAACCUCCUGUUAAAGAGAACACAAUACCAGUAGACCUGAGACUACACAGUGAUGUGCGAGCAGUGGAGCGUGCUGAGUUUGAUCAUCAGGUAGCUGAGAAGAUGAGUUUAAUAGAGCAAUAUAAAAUGGAAAGGAUGAGACAGCAAAAGAUGGAAGAAGAAGAAGAGAUAAAGAAGCUGAGAAAAGAGCUCAUUCCAAAAGCACAGCCUAUGCCCUACUUUGACAGGCCUUUUGUUCCCAAAAGGUCAACAAAGAAUCCAACAAUACCAAAGGAGCCAAAGUUCCACAUUUCACAACAUAAGAAGAUAAAAUGCUGCAUAUCAUGGAGUGACAUGAGUUCAUACACUUUCCAAGGCAAUGAAGUGAGAGAUAUAUAGGUUUUCCCUCUCUGAAGGAUGAUUUGAUUUUUUUGUACAUGAGAGCAACUAAUUUAGUUGCAAUUUUGUGCCCUUUUUUUCCUUCUUAAAUGUGGAAAACAAUGGGAUCAAUGAAAUGAUAAGUGUGCUGCUUGUUAACUUUAAA